GCCAUUGUGUUAAGUCAUGGGCGGAGUCUGUAGCUAUUGGACGGUGGUCGUGCCUACAAAGUCCCCUGCAGAGGCCAUGGCGGAGCAGUGGCUGUUUGUGCUGCCAAUGGGAAACAACUUCUUUGCUCGGCUGGACUGCAUCCGCUUCCACCGGAUGUGUCUGUGCCUCGCUUGCUGCUUGGUUCAGUUCUGCUCCGGGUCGAUUUACUCGUUUACGCUGGUGUCAGACGACUUGGACGCGUUCUUUUCGGGGGCCAAGUCCAAGCAAUGCAUGCAAGCGCUGCUGCUGGGGUACAUUUGUCUGGGGGCUACCGCAGCUCUCUCUGGGCCUUUCUUGGAGCGCAAGGGCCCCCGCGUAGGAAUGGCGAUUGGAACGAUCAUGGUGGGGCUGGGCCAUAUCUUGGCCCAGGCAGGGGUCGCGCGGAAGGACCUGCGCUGGCUCAUUGUAGCCUAUGGCGUGGCGGUUGGCAUUGGGUUUGGCCUGCUUCUAAUUACGUCACUUUCGACAGUCCAAAAAUGGUUUCCAGAUCUUCGCGGGUCCAUCACUGGACUCUCGGUCGUGUCUUUUGGUGUCGGGAAUGCCGUCUUCAUCAAGGUGUUUGCUGUGUAUGUAGCGCGCAAUGAAAUCCACAAGCUGUUUUGGGUCACAGGAACGGCGACUGUCUUGAUCUUGGCGGUAUGCACGCUAAUCAUUCGAACCCCCCCAUCGACAUUUACCGUGCGUGGCCACGACACGCACUGCAUCCCAGCUAGCCGCGCGCCAUCCCCCGACCUCGUGCAAGAUGAAUACCUCAAAAUUGGUAUGACAUUUGUCAACUACCUGGCCGUGCAAAGCCAACUGGAGGGCACAGACGGCCACUAUUUCCAGCAAGUCAAAGCGUUGAGUUUACUCCAGUGCAUCUUCUCGACGGACUUUGUCUGCAUGUAUGUGGCAUUUGCCGCCAGCAUCAUGCCGAUUGUUGUGUUCAUCCCUCAAGCCCAAAGCCUGCAAGAUUUGUUCCACGUUGACAACAUGACGUUCAUGUUUUACACAUACUUGGCCAAUUUAUCUGGGCGGCUCGUGGCAACCGUCGCGUCGGACGUGUUGAUUCGAGUGUGGUAUGCCAACCCAGCAUUUGCUCGAAAGAUGGUAUUUGUGGCCCUCUUGGCCUUGGAAUGUGUGGCGCUGGUGGCUCUACCGCAAUUCAACGUUGAUUUACUGACCCGCCAGUGGCUGUCCAACGCGCUGACGUUCGCUUCGGGGGGCGGGCUUGCCCUCAUGCCUUGUUUCGUUACGGAUAUGUUUGGGGUGUACAAUUCGGGCUCCAUGUACGGGCUCAUCUGGACGAGUUGGUCGCUGGGGGCUGCGAUUGCAUGGCAUUUCCUGCCUGGGACGACCCUGACCAUCGAUUCGUACGAGGUGCAGCUGCACUGGAUGCUCGUCUUAGCGGCCACGGCGCUGGGGCUGAUGUUAUUUGUGCGCACGAAUUCCAGCGACCGGUUCUUCUGUGGGUACCAGCUGACUGCCUGCAACAAAGUGCUCGUCCAGGUGCCGUUUGGACGUCAACAUGCCACGAACGAGGACGUGCUGGACAGCAUGAGUUUCACGACGCACACUCCUCGAAGCGUCGACGCUAACGCCGAUGGAUUUGUGCUCUGGAGUGGCGAAGGGUAUGGUGCCAAACACAUCCGCCACGUGUAGAGGAUGCUGUUAACCUACUGACGAUUAAAUGUGCAUAUAUAUACUCCUGUGUGAACCACGCGAAGGCUGGUAAGUGAUUUACAUGCGCAGCGCUUUUGAAUCGAUGUCAAGAAAUGCUCGUACCACCCGAGUUAUUUCCGUGUAUCGAUUGGACUACGCUUGACUGAGUAAAUUCCAGGAGUAAUAGAGAGGUUUAGCAACUCGUAUUUGUCAAAUCGAUUAACGAAGAAUCAAA